CACACACACUCACAACACAACCAAGGACAGCAUAACAGAGACAGACAUGCGCCCAUUAAAAUGAACAGAAUACAUUAGCCCAACAACAUUUGCGAACAAAGAAAGAACCUUUUGCUUUUUUUCUCUCUCUCCCUCUCGGAAAAGGACUGAUUCUCUCUCCAUCUCUGUCUUUUAUCUUUCUUUUUUAAGAGAUCGUGCUUUUGCUUCUUGUUCUUCUUCUUGGUCUUCUUCUUCCCACCUAUUCACUCACUCACUCACUCUCUGUGUUGGUGAGAUGGGUAUGUCAUGGCUGUGCUGCUGAGAAUGGCUCAGCCUCACAAUGGCAACACCAGCAACACUGUCAACCAGACUUUGGUCCUUCAUGACUUUCUGGGCAUGAAGCCCGCAGCUGAUUCUCCAAAAACCACCGAUGUAAGGUUGUCGGAACCGUCUGCCUCCGCCUCCUCCGCUGGUGGGCGUGGCCCUUUCUCAGCCACCUCCGACAUCGCUUCUGAGAAACAGGUAGGAAACCAUCUUGAGGGAGUUCCUUUCUAUGGCCCGAGGAGUGAUCUUUCUGGUGCUGAGAUCAGUAACAGAUUAGUGGGAAGCAAGAGAAGUAAUUCUGAUUCCGCUUUUACUGGUUCCUCCAGAGAUGCCUUCCAAAUGGUCCCUGAUUCAUAUCAAAACUCACAUUUGAUGAAGGUUCUCCGCCAUGCAGCUGGAGAUAGGUCUAGAAGGCCUAAUGAUGAGGAAAUGUUACUUGGUAUGCAGUCAAUGAAACAAUCUUCUUCUCAGAUAUUUCAGCCUCCCACCAGCACUAAGAUUGAUGCCAAUAAGUGGGAACGAUCUAUUCUCAUGAAUGUUGGCCCUUCCAUGCAGUAUCCACCCCGUGGAGGGCAAUUGGCACCUUUUGUCCACCAAAUGGCCUCAAGCAAGAUCAGGGAUACCAAUGCUGGCCCUUCCUUCAUUUCUCAGUCUGCUGCUGAUGAAGGAUCUAGAACUGGAAUCAAGGGCCCUGGAAUUUUAAGUUCUAUAAAUGUUGCUGCUAUGGGUGCUGAGAAAACUUCUUCUGCUGUGAUGCUUGGUGGCAGCAGGGCAAAGCCUGGAAGUAAUAUCAUAGAAUCAUCCACGCCUCCAAGCAGUCAACCCACCCUAACUUCUGCCAGCCGUCAGAUGACUAUUUUUUAUGGAGGCCAAGCUCAUGUUUUUGAUGAUGUCCAUCCUCAUAAGGCAGAUGUUAUAAUGGCUUUGGCCGGGUCAAAUGGCGGAUCUUGGUCGACUGCCUUCUCGCCUAAAUCUGCUAUAAAAAUGGUUAGUGAUGGGAACUUGCACAGUGGAGAAAAUGAAACAGGUGGAGUGAAUAAUGUAGCCUUCCCACAGGAGCUUCAUGGGAAACUGUCUAUUACUGCAAGUUCUAGCCAUGCCAUGGGGCCUGGUGAUCGAGUAACUACUCCUGCAGGGGCACACCAAGGUAGCGUUUUUGCUAAAGAUACCAGAAAUCCAGUUCAACCAUCAGAUCACAGUUCUGAAGACAAAAGAGGACAAUGAUAGAGUUUGAGAGCAAAAGGUUGUGUUUUUAUUUAUUGGGUGGCUUAACAGUUUUCUCUUAUCUUGAUUCUCUUUGGGGUAUCAUUCACUUUCGUCAAAUUUUCUCCAGAUUUUUC